GUUAAAAACCAAAUUCAUAAGUUUAAAAUUUUAAGGUUACUAUAGAUAGAGGUCUGGGAACAUCGGAGAUGGAUAGGAAGAAUUUAAGAUGGCGGCUAGAUGUGCAUAUACCAUGUACUAAAAUUGAACAACACAUGCAAUGGGCAUGCACGGAGAUACAGGCUGAACAGCAGGGGGAAACUGGGCAUGCGUGCAGAAUAGCCUCAUAAAUGUGGAGCAACCAAUCCCAGUAGAGGGCGGGCCCAAACUGAACAGCCGGAAAGCUUGUUUCCACCCCACCGGGACUAGACUUCCACUUCCCUGAAGCGUGAACUCGUAGGCCCCACUUUUGACUGAGCCCUCCCCCCGCCCCAUCUCCUGGAUUCUGAUUGGCCAGCUCAAGUUCUCCCACUGCCCUGAUUGGCUGGCUUCAUCAAACCGCAUGGGCCUGGAGCAUCACUUCGCAGCUGAUUUGACUCUGUGGUAAACGGAGAAACGUUGGUCUUGUGGUCAGAGAGAUUUGUUUUCAAGUCCUGACACAUUACUAGCACCAUGAAUGGCGGCAGACCGAAAAGAGAGAAGGAAGGCAAGGCCUUCAAUGAUAUUUCCAAAUACUUCACCAAGGAAGAAUGGGCAGGCAUGACAUCCAGCAAGAAAACCACCUAUGUGUAUAUGAAGAGAAACUAUGAUACCAUGACUAAGCUAGGUCUCAAGGCUGUGUGCCCGUCUUUCAUGAAGCAGGUUAGAAAGGAUAACUCUAACAAUGACAACUAUGUGGACACUGAAGAUGAACAUUCUAAGAUGGAUUUCAAUGUCCAACCGAGCAAAAAGCUGAAGGAGGUAUCAAAGGAUGAAAAUGAAGCGUCCCAAACAGCAGUCUUGAUGGAAGCAACUGGCUCACGUUACCCAACAAGGGCCUCUCGUCAGCAGAAUAAACCAGUACUCAAGGAAAAGGAGACUAACAUCCAGACAUAUGCGCUUCGUGAAAGAAAGGGGCAUGUGGUUUACGAAGAGCCCAGCGACACUGAGGAGGACGAAGACGACGACGAUCUCUAUAUAUGACAUGGGCUCAUGAUGUGGAGCAGAACUUGGUGGCCUUUCAAGCAUAUCAGCAUAUUUUCCUCUGUAUUCGCUGUGUCAUCAAGUAGCCUGACUGCUGAAUGUAUAGCAGUGGGGGAAAGUUCAUAGCACUUAUUUUCUUACUGUGUUGCAAGCACUUUGUUAGAUAUUAAUGUUUCAUUGAUGUACAAAUCAUAAAGCAUAGUUUUUUGGAUGUCUUUAAGUAUCUGCGUUAGAAAACGAGAAUAGCACUACUUCUUUCCUCACAUGUGUGAUUACUAAGGGACGUUCUGGGCAUCUGAUUCCAGACGUUUUCCUCUGCACUUAAAUACACACGUGAGAUAGCCCUCGAAGCAUCUCACACCAACCUGUCCUCAGUACCAGUGUGUCCUGGAGAGGUCUCUCUCAUUUUGUCACAGUUACUGACAAUAAACAUGUAUGUUCUUUUGA